CAACUUUAGUGGUUAACUUUCUUCAUCAAUUUAACAAAGUCAGGUUUGGGCCCUAUUAAGCCUUGAUGGUCGAAAAUCAGAGGCCCACUUAAUAGCAUUUCUUUUCUUUAAGUAAUUUGAAGGCACCUACAGACUUCCAUCUUGACGCGAAUGUACAGAAGGAUAGCUUGCAAAGCCUUUCGCUUUCAGACUUCUCCAAUGACACGAUUUCUUUGUUGUUUCAAUUUCUCUCCCAUCUGGAUAACCAUUAAUCUUAUCAGAACAGUAACAUCUCAUAUUUAUCCAUGUUGUGAAUGUACGUACGCAGCAAUGACCAACUCAUGAUUAUCCAUAAAUAUGAAAUCAUUGAGCUAAUCCUGACUCCGAAUUUCAGUGUAUUUGGAGUUAUCACCUAUUAAUUCUGAUAAGAAUUCGGAGGUUACCUCCAAGUAGUUCAGUGGGAAUAGACUUCUAUUCAACAUAGGAAACCACCCCUAUAUAAAGGUGUUAAAGCUCAUAUUUUUCUUCAAACUCAAGCUUGAAUUGCAGAAAUCCUCUUCUUCUUUCGGUUGUCUUUCAUUGACAGCAUUGGUGUUGAAAUCUUGGUGAAUUCUUCUUUCCAUUGCUGAGUUGGAGAUUUUGCAUGCGUCAAUUUAGGGAGCUUUGCUUGGUAUCUUUGGAGCUUUUGCACCUAUCAAUCAAGGAGCUUUGCUUGGAGUUUUUGGAGCUUUGCACCCAUCAAUUAAGGAGUUUUGCUUGGAGCUGUUGGAGCCUUGCACCCAUCGAUCAAGGAGUUUUGCUUGGAGUUUUUUUUUGGAGAGCUUUUCUUGGAGCUUUGGAGCUUUUGCACCCAUCAAUCAAGAAGCUUUGCUUGGAGUUUUUGGAGCUUUGCACCCAUCAACAAGAAGUUUUGCUUGGAGCUGUUGGAGCUUUGCACCCAUCAAUCAAGGAGCUUUGCUUGGAGUUUUUGGAGCUUUGCACCCAUCAAUCAAGGAGUUUUGCUUGGAGCUGUUGGAGCUUUGCACCCAUCAAUCAAGGAGUUUUGCUUGGAGUUUUUUUUUUGGAGCUUUGCACCCAUCAAUCAAGGAGCUUUUCUUGGAGCUUUGGAGCUUUUGCACCCAUCAAUCAAGGAGCUUUGCUUGGAGUUUUUGGAGCUUUGCACCCAUCAAUCAAGGAGCUUUUCUUGGAGCUUUGGAGCUUUUGCACCCAUCAAUCAAGGAGCUUUUCUUGGAGCUUUGGAGCUUUUGCACCCAUCAAUCAAGGAGUUUUGCUUGGGUACAAUUUUCUUCUUGGAAGCGUGGAUAUUUUGCUUUUGCGUGGGCUAUCUCGUCUACUCCAACAUGGUUCGGGUGAUGUUUAACUUGCACUUUAGGCAGCUCAAUUGGCUUUUAUUCAGAUUCUGGGUGCGCUCGGAUCUGGGCCAUUGCGAGUUCGACCUUUAAAGAUUGCUUGUUACAUCUUCUCUUGGCGUGCUUCUAUGUGGACUAGAUGACUCAAUUCUUUAAUAGGUCUUGGGUGCGCUCGGACCUAGGAUUGCUCGAGUCUAGUUCCAAUGGAGUUGUUACUUUUGGCGAGCGCAUGCUUCUACUCCGUUGCUAGGUGUUAUAAAGCUCGAAGCUCAAUGCAUACUUUGGAAGCAAGGCGAAGCCCUCCACAUUGGCGUAUACUUUGAAAGCAAGGCGAGACCACCCUCCACAUUGACGUAUACUUUGGAAGCAAGGCGAAGCCCUCCACAUUGACGCAUACUUUGGAAGCAAGGCGAAGCCCUCCACAUUGACGCAUACUUUGGAAGCAAGGCGAAGCCCUCCAUAUCGAUGUAUACUUUGGAAGCAAGGGGAAGCACUCCGCAUCGACGCAUACUUUGGAAGCAAGGCAAAGCACUCCGCAUCGGCGCAUAAAGCUCAAAGAUCAAGUUUAAGAAGAUCGAAGACACAACUCUCAAAGGCUGCUCAAAGACCAUCCAAGAAUCAUCUUGAAGAUUGGAGAGAGCUCUUUCAAAGUGUGUUGAAGCUAGAUGUGGAGACGCGGAGUUUAAAUUUGAUCAAGAAAAAGCUUCGAAGGUUUGGACCCGUUUUGUCACUUGCCUCUUCACUUGUAUUAUUUCAUAACUUUCAAGCAACAUUCAUUGUUUCUUAUGAAUUAAUGUACCAUUUAACUUCAACCAUCCACCAUUCAUUUUAUUCACCAACUUUGAAUGAUAAUAAUCCAACUUGAAAAGACAACUCCAAA